AUGUUCAGUGUAUUAUUAUGGCCAACUGAUACGGCACGUAGUAAGAGUAGUCGAAGAAAGAUAAUGCACAGAAACGAUGAAUCGGAAACGCACUUACCUUCCGAAAUUGCAGGGAAGAUAUUUUUUUUUUUGCAGUCUGUUAUACUUUGCAUAGUAAAAGAUCUUCAAAUAAUCAUUAUAGAAGAGAGGAAGAGAGCUGACGAAGAUGAAGAUCGCCCACCUACAAAAGAACACGAACAUAAACGUAAGGCUGGAGAUAGAAAAAGUGAACAACCAAAAAGCAGCAGCAGCAGCGAGGAAGAUGAUGAUAGCAAAAGUCUGAAGAAUAACACAAUUUCGGAUGUAAAUGAUAAAACUACACUUCGAGUCAAAAGGUCUAUGGCAGGACUAAGUAGACGUUCAUCUACGAUACCUCGGACUGUGCGUGUGAUUCGUCUCAAUCGUAAUGUUGAUGCCGUCUAA